AUAGCUCCUCCCUUGGCUAUAUAAUUCUAGUUAAACUGGACUUCCAUCAGAUUACUCCCCACCGCAUCCUCUUUUGUUUCACAGCCCCACUCCUGGACACGAGGAGGAAGAUGCUGGCCACGAGCAGCGGUGUCAUGACGAGCCUGUCUCUGUGGAUUAUUUUCCUCUUCAGCUGCGGUGUCUUCGCCAGGAAGCAGCACGAUGAGUCUGAUGGUGAUGAGUCCUGGUCGGAGAGUGUUUCCAGGGCGAGGUGUGCGUCGCGGUGCCUCAGUUUGCACAGCGUAGCGGCGCUCUCCACACCGCUGCAGAAUAAUGGAUCCUUGGGCUGGUGUCAUAAUCAUAAGCAGUGUGCAAAGUGCCUGGAGCCCUGUAAAGAUUCCUGGGAGAUGAAGAGGAAAAGCAAUUGUAGGGAGCUGUGUGAGCGGGUGUUCCCCAAGAAGCACUGGGAGUGUGUGACCAGCUGUGAGUUCCUUCAGUCAGUGCUGGCAGUGAAGCAGGGCAGCUGUCCACCUCCAGAGAGAGCCAGUGGCUUCGCAGCAGCCUGUGUGGAGAGCUGCGACCAUGACCAAGAGUGCUCCGCUCAGAAGAAAUGCUGUUCCAACGGCUGUGGCCACACCUGCCAGUCUCCCAAAGACCUCUACAAGGGUGCUCCCCUGAAGCCAAGGAAGGAGCUGGACUUUGAAGAGCUCUCCUCUGGCCAGCUGGAGGUGCGUUGGUCCUCCCGCUUUAACAUCUCGGCUGAGCCUGUAGUCUACAUCCUGCAGAGGAGGUGGAACUUUGGCAUCCAGCCCAGCGAGGACACUGCCACCUCCUGGCAGCUGGUUGCACAGACCACAGAGCAGGGAGCGAGGCUCUCUGACAUCCGGCCAGGUCGCUGGUACCAGUUCAGAGUGGCGGCUGUCAACACCCAUGGGACCAGAGGUUUCACCACACCCAGCAGACACAUCCACUCCAGCAGAGACCCCCCCAAUCCUCCAGCUCCCACUGAGCUGAGAGUGGCCAAUAUGAGCUUUGGCCCUGGCAGGGUGGUGUCUGCCAGGCUCCAGUGGAGCAUGCCUGCCGACCUGGAUGUUCCCGUCCACCACUACAAGGUCAGCUGGAGCUGGAAAGCAGUCGGGCAGCCCUCUGCUUCAUCCCUGACCAAGAGAAGGAAGACAGUGAGAGAGAGCCAGGUGGAGCUAGACAGCAUGCGGUCUAACAGGAGCUACAGUGUGGAGGUACAGGCUGUGUCCUACUGGGGACAAACUCAGCUCAAAGGACCCAGAGCCAUCCUCCACUUCACCACACAGCACACAACCAGAGCUGCUCCAAGAACCCCUACAGGUGACAUUCUGGAUGUGGGGACACCAUUCUACCAGGAUGGACAACUCCGUGUUCAUGUUUACUGGCAGAGCAGCAUGGAUCCAUCAGUUGAAUUCUACAGAAUCCAGUGGGGACCAGAGUAUUGUGGACACAACCAGACCAGACCCAUGGAGAAGACCAGCACCCAGGAGAGCUUUGUCAGUCUGCAGGGCUUGCUGUUCUCCUGUAAGUAUAAAGUCCUUCUUCAGCCAGUCAGUAAGAAGAGUCAUCCUCUGGCAGAAAGCACCAGCUUCUUCACUCCCUCCUGUGCCACCAUCCAGGCCAAGAGUCCCAAACCCAUCACCUGUCCUGGAGAAAAAGCAGUGUCACCUCAGAAGGUCCUGGUGAAGGCAGCCAACCUGACGGCGGCCUUUGAGGUCCGGGGCGGCAACAUGACAGCCAUCUUUAGCUGGGAUUUGUCCACAGCCUCGCCCAGUCAGCAGCUGACAGGUUACCAGGUGACCUGGGCGGAGGUCAUACCCACCAACCGCCACAACAACUACAAGCUGCCUCACAGUCUCAUCUCCCAGUCCCAGAUCCUACCUUCGGAUGCUAAUGUUCUGGUGGUGUCAGGCCUGCAGCCUGCCAGUCUGUACAGGCUGGAGGUCCAGGCCAUCACAGCAGAUGGUGAAGGUCCUGCAACCACCCGAACUUUCCAGACUCCCGGACACCAAAGCACCCUGAAGCACAGACCCAGGCUGAGGAAGCAUCACCAUAAACAGCCAAUCAUUGAGAGGCACUGAACCCAGAUGGCCAGCCAGCCUGCAUGAACCAAGUCUCCCAGUGAAGUGCAGCCUUACCAGCUUCAAGACAAAUUCUCCAUAACAACCAGCCACCAGUUUAAAUCUCUCCCAGCAGUAUCUUACAGUGGACUUACGGCAGUUAUUGUUCAAGUUGCUACACAUACUGUGGCCUAUUUGGAUAUCAAUGAGACCAUCACUGAAGAUUGAUAGCCAUUACUGGUGACUUAAUUUCACAGUUUGAGCCAGAAUGUCAGAUGUGGUACAAUAACUGCAGGACUGCUUUACAGGACAAAAUGUAUACAUGCCUUUUAGAACUACAGACUUAAAUGAAGCUAGCAUUAGUGUAUAUACUAGUAUGAAACUGGAGCACAGAUUAGGCACAGGUCUAUUUUGACAGGCUGCCAAUCAUCAGCCAUGGUCUCAUUGAUUUACUCUAGCAAUACAGAGGGCUCACAGUUAAUAUGACAGUGUGAUACAAUAAACCAAAAACACACAAGAUCAAACAUGCUCUAGGACUUACGACACAGUUAAUUUACUGCAUUGCAGUAAAGUUUGAUGCAACUUGCACCAGUUAAAAGAGUUCCCUUUGAUUCCCAGCUGAUAGAUCCAUUUCAGCACUUGUUUGUGAUAUGUCGGUGUACAUCAUAAUAGCAUGUAGAUACAGUGGCUAUACCAAUUUAUUAUCUGUGGGGCUGGGUAUAGUUAGAACACCAAUAAAACAGGAAAAAAAAAUUCUGUUCUGACACAAUUUACUCUACUCACGAAGUGUUCCAUACCCAGUCCUAAUUCCCUGCCGUAGAGACAAGACAAAGUCCUUUUGAUGGAAUUGCAUGCAAACAGAAGAAGAAGAAGAAGAAGAAGAAGAAGCACAUGCAGUGUUGUCAGUGUCAUUGAAUGGUACCUUCAAUAUAUUUUAAAACCUGAGAAAUAAUUUCCUGCAACUGGUCCACUGAUGAGAUUUGUUGUUUAAUAAAUGACAUGUAGCUCCCCUGUACUCUGUAAAUGCUGUAUAAAAUGUUUGUCUGUAUUUAUUAGUUGUGGUAUAUUUGUGUCUGGAUGAGUGUCUGUAAACAAAAUACAUCAGUACUGUAUGCGUGCUCAGCCGUUUGUAAACCCCUAGAGACCCUGUACAAAGAUGUUUUUAAGUAAAGAUAAAUUCCAUGUUAA